AAAAAAAACGUGUCCUUAUUUUCUAAAUUUUUUAUUCUAAAUAAAUUGCAACACUGCUAUAUAUUUGCAUGAAUUACUGUCGUGACUUAACUGGUUUUUGCUUUUGUAAAAGUAGAAAUAAUGAGUUUGAAACGUAAGCUUGAGGGAGAAGUUGAGAUAAGGGCAGCAGCUGGAGAUGUUUACUUUGAUUUAUACAAAAACAGACCGCACCAUCUUUCUCAUUCAUCUCCUCAUUUUAUUCAAACCUGUGAGUUGCUUCAGGGUCAGUUUGGUAAGCCUGGCUCUAUCAUUCUUUGGAGGUACAAUCUUGGUGGAAAGCCACGUAUAGGAAAGUGUGUAAUUGAAGAAGUGAAUGAGGAGAAGAAGUUGAUGAAGCAUCGAAACGUGGAAGGUAAUCUAAAAGAGGAGUAUAAGACGUUAAGUGGAACAUUCCAAGUGAUACCAACUGAUAAUAAUGAAACAUGUAUUGUGAAGUGGACGUACGAGUACGAGAAAUUACAUGAUGGUGUAGUUGAACCAACUGCUUUGCUCGAUGCUUGCCUUCAUUCUGCUAAACAAGUGGAUGUUCAUUACAAUCACUAGAAUUAGAUUGAAUAAUUGUAUGGUGUGCUUCAUCUUAUUGCAAUUUUAAUUGCUUUUAAUUAGCAUUUAUACUUGUUGCAGAAAUAAUGUUAGUUGUAACUCGUAAGAAGCUAUUAAGUUGUAUGAGUGGAAUCUUAUAUUUGUUGUUUUAAUGGGCUAUUUUUAAGGCAAU